UACAAUAUUGAAAACGGGAAGAAGAAAAAACAAAAGUUAGCAAAAAGCUAAUAAGGGGGAGUUUCCGUUCCCGCCGUUUAACAGUCAGUGAGAGUGCUCUGUUCAAAAUUUGCGCCUAUAAAACUCCCGGAAUCCUCCAUUUUCUCUGUAAAUGCAAGUACCAAACAUGCAAGCACUAAGAGCUCUCCGUUUCCAAAAACACUUGCUCAAUCUCCCCCCAACGAACCCCCUUUCAUCUCUCCGUUUCACUAUCAUAAACACUUCUCGCCAGUUUCACUUUACUCGCCGGAAACACUUCCCUGAAGAGUCCACAGCUCUCACCAACGACGCCGUACAGGGCUGGGCCGCUCCUUCAGCUGCUAGAGAAAACCCUAGUGGUGAGAAUGUUCCGCAAAGGGAGUCUAAAUCGAGUGCAAAUUACUCCAAUGUUUUGGGUUCAAAGAGUAGGGUUUAUGAGGUUACAGGGAAUGGGAACAAGAAGAAGGGGAAAGGCAAGAGUAAAACAGUGUGGGUGUGUUCUGAUUGUGGGUAUGAUGAUGGACAGUGGUGGGGGAUAUGUAAGCAGUGUAAUGGGGUGAAUACUAUGAAGCGGUUUUCUGAAGGUGUAGAGCAUCUCACGAGUGGGUUUGAGGUUUUAGAGAAUGUGACAAGGUCGUGGCUGCCUCAUCAGUCUGUUAGAGCUUUGCCCACGAAAUUGACGGAUGUGAAUAAGGGGAUUAAUCAAUCGAAUUGGCGAAUACCUCUGUCUGGCCUUUUUGGAGCUGAAGUAGGAAGAGUACUUGGUGGUGGUCUUGUGCCAGGUUGCUUAGUUUUAAUUGGCGGUGAUCCGGGUGUUGGUAAGAGCACAUUACUUUUACAGAUUGCAGCCAUAGUUGCAGAGGGGUGUGAUAUGGGGGGACCAGCACCAGUUCUCUAUGUGUCUGGGGAAGAGAGUAUUGAGCAAAUUGGGAACAGAGCAGAUCGGAUGAGAAUCGGGACAGAUGAACUAUUUUUAUAUGCGAGUACAGAUGUUGAGGAUAUUUUGGAAAAGACCCAAACUCUCCCACUGCGAGCUUUGGUAAUUGAUUCCAUCCAGACAGUAUAUCUGAGAGGAGUAACUGGAAGUGCAGGUGGUCUAUCGCAGGUAAAAGAAUGCACAGAAGUGUUGCUGCGGUUUGCCAAGAAGACCAAUAUCCCUGUGUUUCUGAUUGGACAUGUGACUAAAUCUGGAGAAAUAGCUGGUCCUCGAGUCUUGGAACACAUAGUUGAUGUUGUUCUCUAUAUGGAAGGAGAGAAGUGUUCAUCUCAUCGUUUACUUCGUUCAGUGAAGAAUCGAUUUGGAUCCACAGAUGAGCUUGGAGUGUUUGAAAUGUCACAAUCAGGCUUGCAGGCUGUUUCAAACCCAAGUGAAAUGUUUCUAAGUGAACAGCAGUCGGAUUCUGAGUUUCUGGCUGGAUUAGCUGUUACUGUAAUUAUGGAUGGAUCUCGAGCCUUUCUUAUUGAAAUUCAGGCAUUGUGUGUUGCUGGUUCAUCUGUCUCAAGACAAGUAAAUGGUGUUCAAGCUGGCAGAGCUGAGAUGAUAAUUUCAGUUCUUAUAAAGCAAGCUGGUCUCAAGCUGCAAGAGAAUGGCGUUUUUCUCAAUGUUGUCAGUGGUGUUAGCCUGUCUGAGACUGCUGGUGAUCUUGCAGUAGCAGCAGCAAUUUGCAGCAGUUUUUUGGAAUUCCCUCUUCCUGUGGGCAUUGCAUUCAUUGGGGAAAUUGGCCUUGGUGGUGAAAUUCGUAUGGUACCAAGAAUGGACAAAAGGAUAAAUACAGUGGUGAAGCUGGGAUACAAGAAAUGUAUAAUUCCCAAAUCAGCUGAAACAUUACUGUCAGCUUUAGAUCUUGGAGAUACUGAGAUUGUGGCCUGCAGGAAUUUGAAGGAGAUGAUAAACAUUGUGUUCAGAAAACGCUGAGAUAUUGGUUGUACCGAGUUUUUUAUGUGUAGAUUAUCUAGGCUGUUCCUUGUAAUUUUUGCGCAGAGUUGUAUCAUUUUGCACGCAGUACUGUAUAUCAACAUAGACAAAUUAUCUAAACUUUCUCACCUAAUUCUUUUAGCAUCUAUAAA